UUGAUUCUGACUAAGUAUUACCAUGCUGACAUGGGAAAGGUGCUGGAGAGCUCUCUGUGGAGGUCAUCAGAUUAUGGGACCUCAUACACCAAACUCAACUUACAGCCAGGCAUCACUACAGUGAUUGACAACUUCUACAUAUGCCCUACAAACAAAAGAAAGAUAAUUCUCGUAAGCUCAUCUCUUAAUGACCGGGACCAGAGCCUUUUCCUGAGCACCGAUGAGGGGGCCACCUUUCAGAAACAGCUCAUCACAUUCUUUGUCGAAACUCUGAUUUUCCAUCCUAAAGAGGAGGAUAAAGUGGUUGCCUAUACUAAGGAGAGCAAGGUCUACUUAUCAACUGACUUGGGAAAGAAAUGGACCCUUCUUCAAGAGCGAGCGACUAAAGACCGUGUUUUCUGGGCUGUGGCUGGAGUAGAUGGGGAACCAGAUUUGAUUCAUAUGGAAAUCCAGGAUCUCAGUGGAGGUUUCCGAUAUGUCACCUGUCAGUCUCAGAAUUGCUCUGAUAGAACACCCACGAUUCCAUUUGCCAGCAGCAUUGACCACAAUUCCUUGACUGUGCAGGACGACUACAUAUUCUUUAAGGCGACAACAGCAAAUCGGACUAAAUACUACGUAUCUUAUCGACGCAAUGAAUUUGUUCUGAUGAAGCUACCAAAGUAUGCACUGCCCAAGGACUUGCAGAUUAUCAGCACUGAUGAAAAUGAGGUAUUUGUGGCUGUCCAAGAAUGGUACCAAACAGACACAUACAACCUUUACCAGUCAGACCCACAGGGUGUAUACUAUUCAAUUGUGCUUGAGAAUGUAAGGAGCACGAAGCAACCGGAAGAGAAUGUCCUGAUUGAUAUCCUGGAGGUCAGAGGUGUGAAAGGAGUCUUCCUGGCCAACCAAAAGAUUGAUGGAAAGGUCACGACACUGAUAACUUACAACAAAGGCCGAGACUGGGAUUAUCUGACUCCACCUGCCAUUGAUAUGAAUGGCAAACCCACCAACUGCAAGCCUCCUGACUGCCAUCUUCACCUUCACCUCCGAUGGGCAGACAAUCCAUAUGUGUCAGGCACUGUGCAUACUAAGGACACAGCACCUGGUCUGAUCAUGGGAGCAGGUAACCUGGGCUCUCAGCUGGUGGAAUACAAAGAAGAAAUGUACAUCACAUCUGACUGUGGAAAUACUUGGCGUCAGGUCUUCGAAGAGGAACACCACAUUCUAUACCUGGAUCAUGGUGGAGUGAUUGUGGCUAUCAAAGAUACAUCCAUCCCCUUGAAAAUACUCAAGUUCAGCAUUGAUGAAGGUCAUACGUGGAGCACACACAAUUUCACCAGCACUUCGGUCUUCGUGGAUGGACUGCUAAGUGAGCCAGGGGAUGAGACUCUGGUGAUGACGGUCUUUGGUCACAUAAGUUUCCGUUCAGAUUGGGAGCUGGUGAAGGUGGACUUUAGACCUUCUUUUCCCAGGCAAUGCACUGAGGAUGAUUAUGACUACUGGAAUCUCACCAACUUACAGGGCAAUCAUUGUAUUAUGGGUCAACAGAGGAGUUUCCGGAAAAGGAAGACCACAUCAUGGUGUAUCAAGGGGCAGAGCUUCACAUCGGUGCUCACAUCCAGUGUGUGCAAGUGUUCAAGCUCAGACUUCUUUUGUGAUUAUGGGUUUGAACGAUCAGCACCUUCAAAAUCAGAAGCCAGAAAGUGUUUUGCAAACUUCUGGUUUAAUCCUGACUUGCCUCCUGAAGACUGUGUGUUGGGGCAGGCAUACACUAGUAGCCCAGGGUACCGGAAAGUAGUGUCUAAUGUCUGUGAAGGUGGUGUGGACCUGCAGCGGUAUGUGUUCCAGCAUCAGUGUCCGCUGACAGCCCCCAGAGGAUUGCGAGUCAGCAUCAAAGGAGAGACAGUCGCUGUGAAGCCAGGAGAGGACGUCACAUUUGUGGUCAGACAGGAGCAGGGGGAUGUUGUAAAUACAAAGUACCUGGUGGACCUUGGUGAUGGCUUUAAGGCUGUCUAUGUGAAUCUUACUGUGACAGGGGAACCUAUCCGGCACCGUUAUGAGAAUCCAGGCAUUUACCGUGUCUUUGUCAAAGCAGAGAAUGCUGCUGGGCAUGAGGAAACUGUGUUGUUCGUUCAAGUGAAUUCUCCUCUACGGGCCUUACACCUCGAAGUGGUUCCUGUCAUUGGAGUGAACCAGGAAGUCAACCUCACUGCCAUUCUGCUGCCCCAGAACCCCAAUCUAACAGUCUUCUACUGGUGGAUAGGAAACAACUUGCAGCCCCUUCUCUCUCUGGAUAACUUUCUUGUCACGCAAUUUUCAGAAACAGGUGAAGUCCGAGUGACCGUUCAAGCCUCCUGUGGAAAUUCCAUGCUCCAAGACUCCAAAGUUAUCAGGGUUUUAGAUCAAUUUCAGGUUCUGCCCCUGAAGUUUACCAAGCACUUGGAUAUGUACAAUCCCAACAUCCCUGAAUGGAGAGAAGACAUUGGCCUGGUAGUCACCCGCCUCCUUUCUGAGGAAACCAAUAUCCCUGAAGAGACUCUGCUAACUGUGGUGAAGCCAGGCCUGCCCACAACUGCUGACUUGCACGUGCUUCUGCCAUCACCUAAACCAAAGAGGAAGAGGAGCGUACCAAGUGACAAGAGGAUCACAGCCAUUAAGCAAGCCUUGAAUGCCCACAACAUCAGCUUUUUCCUAAGAGGAGGCUUCUGGGUACUUGUGACACUACGUGACACAGAUUCAGAUUCUCAAAGGAUUGGAGGAGGAGGUGGAUAUUGGGCCCUCAUUGUUCUUUUCCUUAUCUGCCUUUUUGCAAUAGGAGCAUUCAUCCUCUACAAAUUUAAAAGGAAACUACCUGGCAGAACUGUCUAUGCCCAGAUGCACAAUGAAAAGGAACAAGAGAUGACCAGCCCAGUCAACCACAGCGAGGAUACACAGAACAUCAUCCAGGUGACCUCUUCUGAGAGAGGGGGAAGCUUGAGCAGCCACCGAAUCCCCUUAUUGCCGAUGCCAGUCACUGCCCGGUCACAGGUAAUCACUCAGGCGUGGUUCUGAGCAUCAACUCUCGAGAGAUGCACAGCUACCUGGUUAGCUGAUGUUUGCAGCUGGACACAAACAUGGAAAACUCUUCUCUGUCUUGUUUCAUUUUCCCCUCCCUCCCUCCAUCCCCACCCUGGGGAGGUCACAGAAUGGCAAGCAUGGCUGUAACUGGUGUUGGAAAGGGAUAUCCCUGAAAAAGAUGCCCAGAAGAGUGGUCAUUGCUGAUGGUCCCCAUUUGAAACAGGACACAUCUCACCUCAUAUUCACUGGAUGGACUCCAAGCCUGGACCAACUCAAACGCAAACUUUGAGAGCAGAUAGAUGCAGCCCAUGACGCUCCCCAGAUUCCAUGCUCCUGAUGUUCACUUCCCCCCAAUAUUUGUGUAUUUGUUCUAAUAUAUUUUAUGCCUAAUGACCCUUACCAUUGGCAGGUAGUCUCAAAGGCCUAAUGGAAAUGUCUAGCAGGCAGAGGAAAGGACCAGAAAGAGACCUUGCUAAGGGUAGUGAAAUCCCUCCCUGCUAGUUUGACAUUCAGAGUACCUAAGAGAAAACUUGAGUCCUCCUGCAAUCCCACCUUGGCUAGCUGCUUCUUCCUCACCAACUCCAUCCUAAAAUAGUGAAUUUCCUUAAACUCUUGGGACUUCUUGCUCUUAAGUAGGGAAAUAAGCUCCAGUAGAAGUCCAGACAUUAACAACUCCCAAUUAUCCUAUACUUUCAAAUUUCCAAAGUGCUUUCUCCCAAUAAUCCCCUAACAUAAAACAUGUGAAUGUGAGUAUCCCCAUUUUAUAGAUGAAGAAACUGGGGCUCAGACAGAUAUCACUUGCUCAAGCUCUCAUAGCUAGUAAGAUUCAGAAUCAGGACU